UUUGCGAGGUUCCCUCGUUCCUUCUGGGACGAUCCCAGGCUCUCACCGAAGGUUCGGAUGGCAUGUGCAGUCGCGCGUGCGGAGGGCUACCGAUACAUCUGGAUAGACUCAUGCUGCAUCGACAAGGCUAGCAGCUCCGAGCUCUCAGAAGCUAUCAACUGCAUGUAUGCAUGGUACGCAGGCGCAGACGUUUGCUACGCAUAUCUAGCCGACGUUGCCCGGUGGUUCAAACGCGGGUGGACGCUCCAGGAGCUCAUCGCGCCCAAUGACUUGCGGUUCUUGUCAAGAGAAUGGGAGUUCAUUGGAUCGAAGCACGACCUCGCAAGGGUACUCGAGGAGAUCACCGGGAUCAGCGAAGAAGCCUUGCGGCACGAGAUGGCCCUGGACGAGUUCUCUGUGGCGCAACGGCUCUCGUGGGCGUCUCAACGACAGACGGGUAGAGUCGAAGACCAGGCGUACUCGCUCAUGGGGAUCUUCGGGAUCAAUAUGCCGACUUUGUACGGCGAGGGUGAGGGCGCUUUGCGGCGACUGCAGGAGGAGAUCAUGCGGCGGACUCCGGACCAGAGCCUCUUCGCUUGGGGA